CUGAUACUUUCUGGGAGCGCGUUUGUGAAUCUACUCAGAUUUACUGGCGACUGACGGUCGUACUCGUCGAGGUGAUUAAAGUUCACUAAAACUGUCUCUAAGUUGGUUGUUCAUCCAUUCAAGAAUCUGCUCCUGAUUGAUGAGAAGUUAAUAUUCAUUAUAUCCAGUAAAAAUUACCCUACCCACAUUACUACUAGCAUUCUAAACAUGGUCCUAGGGUAUAGUUAUUCUUUAGACUGUGAUUCAGAGUCUGGAAAGAAUAACCUUGUUGAUUUGGAGGAAUUCCCUGCCUUAACAAAAUCAAAACCUAUCAGCUUCAGCGGUGUAACGUGGAAAAGCCAAGUCUUUGUUCCUACUGAGGAUUCCAUAGAGUCAGAGGCCACUGGAAAUAACUGUUUGAAUGUCUCUAAAAAGAAACGCUUAAAAAAGAAGAAGAAAAAGAUUCUUUGCAAUGGGGAAAGCACUGAUGAUAGCUCUCCUGCGAAGUGUUGUGACUUCUGUUUUUUUGUGAGCGAAGAAGUGGAAAGCACAAGUAAGUUCACAAUGUUUGCAUACGUUUUUUUGUAUCAGUGAAUGCAAGUCAUCCUCACUGUAGGAACCAUUACCUUCGUUCUAGCAUUUUUGGACUUUAUUUUUGGUGAAUUUAUAUUUUGUUCACGAAUCUAUAUAUUUAUAUGACUCAGACGUAUAGGCUCUUAAAGGUCUCAUCUGAAUGGCGCAAGUAAUAACAUUAUUGAAAUAGUAUUAAAAUAUGUUUUUAACGACAAUAUUGUGUCAGUUGUCAGUUAUCAUUGCGUUGAAAUUUUAUAACCCCAGGAGUUGACUGGUCUCAGUUCUACUGUUAAACGUAGUGCUCAUAUAAUUCUCGAGAACCUUAGACUGCAUUAACUUAGAUUGAGAUUCCAUUUUAUUUUCUACUAGAACAUACAGGUCUCUCAGCUUUGACGGCUUAUGUUAACGAUUAAAGUGGAUGUUCUACAAGCUAUCUCAAGUUAUUUUACAGUGAUCCGCAGCAAUGAAUGAGCCUAACGACGGGACUGACUGUAAUUUUAAGUUGAUUAACAAUAUAAUCUGAUAAUUUCAAGGGACAUUGUUCAUAAUGGCUGCACUGACAGACUGCUUUAUGUGUACUAGGAUGAAGUUAAUGCUUUAUCUAGUGUUUCUGUUAUGUCCCGAUAAGCAUAAUGAAUGGUAACUUUGGGAUCCAUUUAUGAAUCAAUACUAACAUAUAUUUUUAUCGUAUAAUUGUUAAAUAACUAAACUAUUCAUAUUUAUAUUCCUCUUAUUAUAAGCUUUAUUUUGACCUAUGAACCAUUAUUAUACGUUUUACCGUUCUUGAAUUAAGCUGUCUAUUAGCCACUGCAUCCCACAUUCACAGCCACAUUUGGCCAAAUUUUCUACAAAUGUUAUUUUCUAUUUUAUGGUACGUUGUGGUCUGUCUAAUCGGUAUAUAAACUCAGCAUGUUUGAAAUAUGAUUCAUGUCACAGAGGCUCGGAUUGGUGUUCUGGACUUAACUGGCUGAACUAGGCGGAAAGCAGGACCAAUCAGGACUCUAGGCUGCUCAUACGGGUUUACGCGUCAUUGAUCUGUUCGAUAAGUCAUUGCCCUCUAAUCGGCGGUCACAAGUAUAACAGUUGCUUCGUUUUGUGGUAUUCCACAUGUAACUAGAUCUGAUAGUAAACCUAUCAUGUUGUAGAUAAUUGUGUGAACGUUAGACACUGAGGAUUCUGUCUUUCGAUACUUAUAUCACUUGUAAACCUUGUAAGUCUUAAUGUCAAUAUGGAUUUUCUAGUACCUUUAUCUCAGCAUUUUAUUUUCUGAGUAAAUUUUUGGCUUCAUCAUUGAUACUCUCGUUUUUAGAACUAUCUGGAAUGUAAUAUGUAAUGUUGGUCUUCAGCGUCACAACUGUAUCGACUUUUGUGGUUAACCUGGUAGGUUUGGGCUGGCUAGUUAUGGUCUAGAUAUAAUUUUGAUCAGUGGUUGUAAACAUUGGGCAACAUGGCUCAAAGUCAUCCGCGUUCACGUGAGCUGUGUCUGUUCCUAGAUCCUGGGUUUCAAAAUUACUUCGUACUUUUUAUUCCUCCAGUUAUUUCUCUCUCCAAUCGUAUAAUUCGCGUCUAAUCUUUCUUGUUAUCAAUGAUACUAUUACUACCAGUACUAAUACCGAUUGUGCUACUUCUAACACUACUACUUCGUAUUCAUACUUUCAUCUUGCCUUCUUAAUGUCGAGUGGGAGGUUUGUUUUGUUUAUUUGGACAUAAAUGUUGUUACGAGGUAUCAAAACACAAGCAACACAAGAAAAUGAAGUUGUGAGAUAGGGAAAGUGAGAAUAAUAAAGAGAAUAACAAUGCUUAGAAAUCAGUGUAUGAGAAUGAAGUAAUAAUGAUUGUUAUGAUAAUAAUAGCCGUAGUGAGAGAAUCACUCCAGCUAAGGAAAAUAAACCUAGUAAUAAUUCUUUUAGUUAAAGAAGCUACUCACUUUUAUUAAAAAAGUUAAGUCACUGCAGGAUCACCACUAACUUCUAUUGUGAACCGUGUAUGAUAAUGUUUCAAGCUACUGUUGCACCAUCCUUCGGACCCUAACCAAGCAGCCGUGAAGAACCAACAGAAAUCAGUCCUGUACAGCUUCCAUUCCAUAAUACUGUCAUGCACUGGCCAUCUCUCCGCUUUUUCCAACCAGCCUCAGCAUCGCCAAAUAAUGCAGGAUGUGAAAUUUUCUAAGACGACAUCCGUCAGACAUGUCCGAGCUACCAACUUUGGUGUUCCAAGAUGGUGAUACUAAACGAGUUGUCGUCACUGUGCCCGGACACACGUUACCGAACCUCUGCAUUACUAACAUGUUGUUACCACUGGAUGUCAGCAAUCCUUCGGGAACAACGGUGAUCAAACAGAGAGUUGUCUGACAUCCUCAACUUGAAGAGGCCGGGUUUAACAAGCAUAGAGAAAAACUGUUCUGGCUGACGCAUUAUGGUUCCAACCUUUUACUGACAAACUAACAUCACGAAGGCGCCCAUAAUGGCCUAGAUUAGCAUAAGCCGCUCUGGCUUUCAGUACAUCUUAAUUGCGAUUCCCCCUCUCGAAAUGCGAAAUAUUGUUUCAGGAUUGGGUUGCACCGGCACAUGAACUUAUGAUAGGGAGUGAAGUAGUUGAGCGUGUCAACCACUUCACUUAUCUUGGGAGUCUCAUCAGCCUUCGUGGUCCGAUGUGACGAAAUCUCAGCACAGAUACAGAAGGCUCAACUAGCUUUUGUCAACUUACAUCAUUUAUGGCGUAGGUGAGAUAUCCGUCUAUCAACUAAAGGACAGGUUUACUGCACAGCAGUUUGUUCCGUCCUGCUUUAUGGCUGUGAUACAUGGCCGGUAAGAGUAGAGGAUCUUCGUGGGUUACUAGUAUUUGAUCAUAGAUGUCUUCGAAGCAUUGCUCGUAUAUCCUGGGACUAUCGAGUAAGUAAUGUAGUUGUUAGGAAACGGGUACUGGAUAAGGAUGACAAAUAAAUUGAUGAAGCUUCACUACUUCAUCAGUUGAGAUGGCUGAGACGUGUGUUACAUAUUCUUAACCAUUGACUGCCCCGAUGUGCGAUGUUUUAUGGUGUAGGAGUAGGUUGGAAGUAAGGUAGAGGCGGCCAGACCGAGACAUGGUACAAAUCCAUGAGGUCACUGAAAAGUGGACUGAGUCAUGUUGAUAGAUGUAGACUACCUGGUUGUGAUCCGCGAGACGAUAACAACCAGUGGUUAGAGACCUUGAAUGACAUGGCUCAAAAUCGUUUGCAAUGACGCAGGUGCAUCCAUUCGUUGUGUUCUUCAUGUCCCAUUUUUAUCUUUCCAAAUUUAUUUCACUGGAUUAUACUCGAAUAACAUCUUCAAACCGUAAUCUUCCCGAUUACUGCUUAUACUUUUACUACCUCACUACGGGGUUUGGGUCGACAGUUGUUUCUCUGUGCUAAUGUAGUAUGGAAAAUGUAGUAUGGACUGAUGUACGUACGUACGAAGUUCUACGUUGUUGCUAAGUGACUGACAUAUUAAUUGACUUCACACUCCCCGCCGCCGGCACUCACAUAGCUGCCCAAAUACACGAAAUUCUCAACUAUUAUCUGUUUACUAACAAGAGUAAGUGGAGGUUCCGGGUGCUGAUAGUCUUGUAAAAGUACUUUGCACCUUCACAUAAAAGUUGCUACACCUGCCAAUAUCACAGAAUCAGCAUAAACGCCUAAAGUGCGACUAAUACCACUUCUUGUAUAUGUAUUUAUCGUGUCAAAAGUCAGUAUUUUACGUACUGUUAUAUUCAUACUCCUGUGAUACUGUUGCAUGUACUACCUGAAUGUUCAAAUGUAAAUAUAUUUUCCUAUAGAUGUUUCAUCUGUUUAGAUAAAUUUUAAUUAAGCCGCUGUCCCUAUCGUCAAAUUGGAUAACUGAGUCACAUCGGCUGUUUGUGUAUGCGAUUGAAAAACGUUUGUAAUCACUAUGUCAGUUUGAAAACCUCUGCUUUUAUCGAAAUAAGUGUAGUUUGAAACUUUUGAACGAAAGCUUACGAAAUUAUUAUAUUACGUUACGAUAACUAUCAAAAUGUUCACUUACCUAACUAUAAAACAGUUAAUAAGAUGAUUUUCUAUUCUUAUUAACAGAAGCAAAUCAACCGUCAUUUCGUGAAACUCAUUUCGAAUUCAUAAAAAGGUGAGUGCAAAGUAGAUAUUUUUGUACCAGCAGUAUGCUUUGUAUAUUUUGCUUUGGCAUAAAUUAACGAAGCAAAUAUUAUUGUUUUGAUGUGACGUUUACGUUGCCUUUUAACAGCAUCACUUCAAACUAGAAGAUCUUAAAAGUAUUGUGAUAAUCAAAACACUAACAUUGCUCACUUAUGGGUUAUUCCCAAACGCAGCUGAAACUAAAGGAUGCUUGAGUAGUUAUCGUACCUUAGUCUAACAAACGCACUAAUAAGUAAUAGCAAACUGAAGAAGGUGAUGUUAUGUGUGACGGAAUUAAAAUACAGUCCCUAUACUGUACCUUUAUUAAAGCAUUAUUCGAGACAGAUUCAUAUUACAUAGAAAUUAUUAAGGGACAUGUGUAGGUGCAGUGUCCCGAAAAAAGUGGGUUUUUGUGUCAAUGGCUAAUGUAACGUUGUCUCACCUUUUAUUCUUUUAGGCCUAUCGACAUGUUGUAACUGACCGGAUCUAAUGCGGUAGUUCUAUUUCAAUAUGCACAUCCAUCACAACUAUUUAGGUAUUCAGAAUUAAUGAAUUACGUAUCACUUGAAUAUUUAUUAGUCCAACUUGACAUAUUUUUCUCCAGUUAGUCAGUGAGUUCUCUUAUCUGUACUUCUCAAGAUAUAAUUGUAGUAUCCUAAAACAAACGUUUCUGUACCUUAUGUUCGUGAUUUUGAAAUGGUAUUUCUGUAAACACCCUCUUCAGUGAACCCAACUCCAUGUUUGCAAUCACAUCCGGAGACAAUAGUCCAUUGAAUUCUCUUAUUAUAAUAUCAAGAUCUUAGUUGUUAAAAGUGUGUCUAGAUAUCCUCCAGUCUGGUUAGUUAGAUCCUCGUUAUUAUAAACCUCACUAUCUUCCGUUGGUUGACUACCACAUAUUUUUACGAGUCGUAUCUAGUUGCUGGUUGUAACUGUUCAUCUCAUUCACAUAUCAGACAUUAAUGCUUUAUCUGGUAGGGAAGUAAAAUCUAUUUCACGUCGAAUUUAUUUCCUCACCACUGUUAGCAAUGGGGGCAAAACCAAUUUUAAAUAUACUUUCUGGCAUAAAUUCUACAUUAUGAACACCAAUUUUGUAUAUUUUUGAUCAAUCUGAUUAAAUAGUUUGCAGUUUACUGUUGUACGCACCUGAUGACAUAGAUCGUUUUCAAAAAUCAGUAAACUUUAAUAUUCAAAAAUAUCGCACCAUAUGUCUGUCGUAUUUCGCCUACUACCUACGUGUUUUUCUAAACAAAGAAACAAGAUGAUUAAUAAUUGGUGUGUAUCUCAUGCGUAACUAUGACCUAGAACGUAGAUAUUUUUCAUUUCCUAUUGGGUGUGUCUGACCUUAACCUGAAUAUUGGAGGGGGUCAUCAGGUGACUAAUUUGUACGGUGUAUGUCCGUUCGCCUAUUAUUCUUAACCUAGUAAUAGGAUGCCUUUGGCUUAGGUAAUGUCGUCAUCUAUUGUCAGACAAUUUUAGGGUCAAUUCAUUUUUUGUGGAUUGCUAUGACAUGCUGUGAUUAUAGCUAUAAAAUAAUGUAAAUGAAGUGGCCGAACCAUGUCUGUAUAUAAAAAGGUUCAGUUAGUCAAAUAAUGUUUUCUGGGUCUAAACUUUAAACUAAGUAUGCUGCACUUCUGAAAUCAUUCAUUUAUACACAACACAGGACCUGAUAUAAACACUGAUAGACUGCAUCUUUUUAGCGAGAGAAAACUGAAAGCAAAAGUAGUGUUAGUUGUAGUAAAAAAAUAUGGGUAUACUGAAAAUAGUUAAGAAAGAACAAAAUAAAUUAAAGGAUAAAACAAAUGAAGUUAUAAGUAAAUUCAAGAAUAAGUGAACUGAAUACACAUAUACUGAUGCGGCGAAUUUUAACACAUGGCACCGAACGACUCUAACUUAGAAGUUUGAGCUCCCGUUCAGAGCUCAGAAUAGCAUUGGAUGACUUUCUGAACUGAUGUUGUUGGUUUGACCGUUAUUAACUGUCGACUUCCGACUACUAUGAUAGCCUCCAUUACGUAUUAGAAUCGAGAGUGGCUGGACAUGUGUAACAUGUAUGAAAAUGACCCCGUUAACAUAUUUUUCUUGGUUUCACUAAACCCAAGCAGCGUUUUGGAAAUAUCUGUUGUCAAAAUUAGUUACCUACAUGUGCUCUUUGCCUUCAAAACCCAUGUUUAACAGCCAAAACGUUGUUCAAAGUGAACUACACAAUACACUGGCCAUUUAGUCGUAAUGACUACUAACUGAUAACCACGGUGGUUUAUAGCUUAUGUGACCAAAGUCAGUCAGCAAAGUUAUAUAACACAGUCAGUAUUCCAAAUAAAUCGAUUUUGGGACGCAAAAUGUUCAGUAAUGUUGCUAUCCAUUGGGCGACCGGUUAACGCUUUGUUGGGAUAACUCUCUCUCAACUUCUAUUCAGACGCGGAUUUCAGAGUGCAACUUCGAAAGUACUAUUAAGCUUUUCAUUUCAAAAUAAAUGGUAGUUCAUGCAUAAGUCCGACAACCUAUUAAUAACCCUUGAUCUACUUGUUGUACAUAAUUUUCGUUGUAAAGUGAUAAUAUCAAUUAAUUCAAACCAUUUUUUGUUUAUAUUUCUAGUCACACUAAAUCAAAUACAAUAGUAACCAAUGGAGGUAGUCAUUUAACAGAAUCUUCGAUUGUUGAGGUUACCAACCCAUUUCAGGUGGAAGAUGAAGGUUUCGUUGAGGAGUUAAUUGACUAUGCAACUAACCAUCAUCUUGUUUCUUAUUCUUUUCCCACGAAUACGUCAAAUAUUCUGUCCUCUAGUUCUACUCAGCACUCAAUCCAAUCUAGACCUAUUUACGAAUCACGAAUAAUCAGUCCCACAUGUCCGCUAAACUCCACAAAAGAUCAAAUGGCUGCAUUAGGGUUGAAUCACUCUGUGUCCAAUGCUUUAAAACUUCAAACAAAUCCUAUUAAAUGCCCUGUUAAAGAAAAGACACUAAGAAAUGUGCGACUAACUAAUACAGAACAACAUGCUCGAAGUAUGAGUCCAUCUAAUCUUACUGACACAUAUCUAUCUUCAAAAGAUACAAAUGAUCUUAUCGACGAAGAUGAUAUGGAGGGUACAGAUCUACUUCAUUUAAUCAGCAAUUCAUUAGAUCGAUUUAAUGCUAUUGUUCACCCACGAGAUAAUAUAUCAACAUUAACAUCUGGUUUAGGUGAAUCUAGAAAUAUUUUAUCAGAAUCUGAGAGUAGUAAUAGUUACUCUCAAGAUUGUCUAUUUCCCACUGAUAUUGUUACAAAACCUACUACAAUAUUAUCUGCUGAUAGAGAAUGUAAAUUCUCGAAUAUGAUGAAUAUAGGCAAUAAAUUAGUCCAGAAACACUUUAAUCAUUCAUCGUUGUUAAUUUUGGAUUCUGAAGUAGAACAAGCUGAUAAACUUUUGGAAAUAAAUAAUUCUUCAUAUACGACUACUACAACAAGGUAAUCUAAUCAGGUGAUUUAUUUCGUCAUUAGAAUCAAUGGUGAUAUAUAUUUUUGAAUGUUGAUUGUUCAUUUCUUCCUUUAAUGUAUGUAAUUUUUCUGUAUUCUUAUGAUUUUUUUAGAAUAUGAUGUUUUCUAUAAUCUUAUUAAAACUAUUACCAUGAAUUUCUUUUAAAAAGGUUUGUAUUGGAGGUAAUUUCCCGUUGGAUGUUAAGUUCCAGAUAUUGUAUCCGCGUAACCAAUAUAAGUCAUUUCUACAUUCUGAUGUUUUAUAUUAACUUUUGCAGCGCUUAUUAUAAAUUAACUAUUGAUUAAAGUGUAGUUCUUACUUUCAAUUAACUUUGUCUUAGUUCAGUAUUUUUGUAAGUUCAUUUCUAAGUUGUAUCCCUCUAAACUUUGUUACAGGCAAAGUUUUUUGUUGAAAUGGAUGUUGAAUAGAUUUUUGAUACUGUCAUCAUUACACAUUAUUAUUUACACAUUAUUACACAUUAUUAUUUACUUUAUUUGGACUGCUUGUCUUAACCUCUUCAUCUAACCUCAACAUUGUCCAUUUAUUGGUCUCGUCCAGUCUUUUACUCGUUAUUGGGUGUUAUUAUUUUUGAUAAUGUUAACUGAUCAUCUGAAUAUUUUAAUACGAAAAUUUUCUUUGUUAUUCUGAAUAACGUUAAAGUACAUUUCAAAUAAAUAGGCGUAGUUGUUACACUGUAUUAGUUUAAAUUACCUAAAACAGGAAAUACCUUAUUAUGAUUUUUGUCUUUCAUCAUUCACUUAUUUACGAGUGCUACACAAAAUGCUUGAGAGGGAUAAAGAGAUAAACAAUUGAUUCACUUUAUUUUUUCGUUACUCACUCGUCUUAUUAUUGCGUAAUCACCAGAAUUAAAAGGAGAGCUUGUGUUUUUGCUAGCAGACCAUAUGUUUCCAAUCGUUAUGAAUUUUCGCUCGAUGAUCUUUUUAAUUAUUACUAUUAAUUCAUUUUGUAUCUUUCCACUAAUGUUUAGGUCUUUUAUUGGCAUAUGUGCAUCCUGUGCGGAUCGCCUCGAUAUUGCCUUAAGUCACAAGUAUUGUAAGCAAAGGUGGAUAGUGGCUAGCAGUGAAAUCCAGGACAUGCGUUUCGUCCUACCUAGGACUCAUCAGCUGGAUGUACCUGCAUCCCAGAAUCAGUGUCCACCCAGGGACUCGAACCUAACACCGUUCUCCUCAAACCACCGCGUUAUCCACUUAGCUGUUGAGUGCUGAUAGCUUAUUACUACCAAUAUCUUAUUCUGUCUUUUGUUCAUUAUUUCUUUUUGUAUGGACUGAAUUGUUCCUGACUUUUAUUGAUGAUAUUUCUAUUCGUAAUAAGUACUUUAAUCGAGUUCAAUUGUGUGCUGUACUCGGUUUUGAGACACAUCUUCAUGUGUGAUCACUAGUACUACUACUUGAUUGUCCCGAUAAAAGCUGGUAAAAAGAUGACUUAGUCGUUAAAUCACUAAAAAUAUGAACUCUAGGUUCGUGUUCGACUCCCCCCACUUUACUUGCUUCAUUUUAAGUAACUUUCACUCAUAAUAAUGUGACUAAAAGUCAAGUAAGUAUACAAUUGAUAAAUAAUUUAACAUUGCAUUUCUUUAUUUUGGAAUUAUCUGAUUGAUGACGUACGUAUGUAUUCGUAUUUUGGUUUAGAAUUUAUCGUUGAUUUCUGCAUACAAAAAGUAACAAAUGUUGUACAAAUAGCUUGUUUGUUAUAUCUAAAAAAUAUCUAAGUAAAUGAAUUUGAGUUGUUUAUUCCUUGAAGAGAAACUAGGCGAACCAAAAAGUAUCAAGGGAAGUGGUGUUAUCAUAUCUGAAAUAAAAUGAUCGAUAAGUAUAUCAACAAUGAAAUUAAAUUUCUGUAAAAAACUGUCAUAUCGAAACAUAUUCAAUAUAGUCGUUUUGUGUUGAUUUUCAUUUGUGGAAAAAUUCAGGAGGAAGACUAUUAAUAGUAAUAUCAUUGAUUUUUUGCUUGAUAAAGAUUCUUAAUAAUAAUGCACUAACAUUAAAUGAUUAAUCAAUUUAUGGUACUUGUACGAACUUGUGAUUCGUUUAUACUCGAUUGCCCGCUAAUUACGAAUUCUAAAUAUAAUAUGUUCAUUUGUGCCCAUUUAGUUUUCCUCCCUUAAAUUGUGGUAUUUCAGGAAUGCCCAGUCAGUACAUUAAUUCGAAUACUUCUAAUUAUCAUACAAUUAUCGGAUUCUUCAUUUAAUCAACUUUGCAUAAAAGAAUUUCAGUUAAAUUUCUUUUUAAAGUAUUCUGUAAACAAUUGAAUAAUGAUUAAUAUGAACAGUAGUUGGAUAUAAAAUGUAUGAUUUUUUUGCUAUGACGAUUAAACGGAUAUCUUCUGUAGCCUCACAAUCAUUGAUUGUGUACAAUUCUGCGGAUAACUUUGAUUGGUCAGAUAUCCCAAUGGACAUCAUCUAAAAACUAUGUAGUCUUCUUUCGUGCUUUAAUGACUAUUAGUUCUUUUAAAGUUGUUCGGAUCAUAUUUUUAAGUAUAUAUUUUAGCCUGAAGGCGUAAUAUCAGAUUUCCAUUUUUCAUGUAGGGAUCUUCUCGAUUCCAUCAAAACUCAUGAUUAUGGUUGUUUACUUAAAAAAAACUCAAUGUGUUCAAUUUAGAUGGUGUAAGGAAGGUGCCUAAAACAAUAGAUUCUACGCGUAUAGAUAUUUGUUUACAAUUAUGUAAUGAAUUAGUUUGUCUUUUUUAUUUUCUUAUCUCUAGUUCAUCUUUUGGGCGUUUACCACUAUCAUUAUCGUACUCAUACUCAAAUGAGGUCCCUUUAGCUUCUUGUCAACCGAAUACGACAUACUAUUCCAAUAUUCCAUCAACUAUACCAAUCGAUGUUACUGUUCCCGCUGUCACUAAAUAUAUUGUGCCACCAACCGAUUCUAUACAAGCUAAAAACGUUCUUACGGAUAAGUCAAAAUCAUGUUGGCCAACUUUACCUAUUAAUAUAACUCAACAUAAUCCAAAAGUGUUAACUUCAUCCACAGAAUCAAACAAUUUACUUGUUGAAUUAAUUAACAAUAACCGAAAUGUGUUAACUGAUAAUGAUAUAGAAAUGUUAAAUUAUUUAAAUUUGGAUUUAAAAGAUCUUUUAUGUAAUGUUUCAACUACUAAUACCACCAAUACAACUGCUGUUUAUACAACUUUAGUUGAUUCACCUUCUCUUCAUCAUAGUAGUGUUAAUAAUAACAAAUGUAACUCAAUGGGUUUAUUUGUUAAUCGAGACGAAAAUCUAUGGAAUCAUAGUAAAUCAUUUCAAUCCAAUAUGUCGUUAGUGCAUAAGACGCAACCACUAAGACAUCCAUCUCAGUCACCUCAAACAACAAGUCUACCGCCAUUAUCGAAAAUAUUUCUUCAGCAUUCUAAUACUGUGUCAUCAACUCCCGUAGAUGUAAUGAAAUAUGAAUGUUUAAAUGAUGAUUCAGAUAAAUUACUAAUGAAUUCAUCUGAUAAAGUGAUAUUUAAUACGAAAUGUAUUAAUAACGCAAACAACAAACGUAAUGAUAAUUUUAUCGCAUCGUUCUCAUUAACAUCAGUAAAUAAUUCUACUGGAUGGUCAAAAGAAGCAAUUAAUAGCUUGCCAUGCGACACAAGAAAUAUGUUAGCACGAUCGCAUUCAGUUGGAUAUCAUCAAGAAACUUCUGUUACUACAUCAUUAUCUACAAUAGGACCAGGAGUAACAAUGACAUCAUGCUCUAUCAAUCGUACACCGAUUAUUAACGUGAAUUAUCCAUUAACAACUGGAAAUUUAAAUACGAACCGCUUACCUAUUAUUGGACAUUCUACAUCUACAUCUGGUAAAAAUAAAAUGACGUCUGUAAGUUUACCACUACCAAUGUGUACUACUAAUUCUACUGUGAAAAAUUUAAAUGGAUCACAACAACAGGAGGGAUUUUCCAAUGCUCACUGUAGACGACAGAGCAAUAAUAAUAUACCUUCGAACAUUGGCAACAUUUCAGUUUCUUCAGUGGGUACUUUCACUUCAGUAAAACAAGCAGGUUCGAAUUCCCAACUGUCAUGUAAUAAAUCACGUUGUUGUACAAAUGGUCAAAUGGCACCAGGAGCAGUGACGACUAUAACACCAUCAGAUUCAUCAUUAUCAUCAUUAUACCCAGGUACAGAAUUAGUCAGCGGAAAACCAGUUGUAGCUAAAUGGCGUCGUGCGUGCAGCUUUUACUUACGUGGACAUUGUAAAAAAGAAGAUUGUGAAUUUGCACAUGAUUUAACAAAAGUGACUUGUAAAUUCUGGGAGAUGGGUGAGUGUUUCAAAGGUUCCACCUGUCCAUUUCUACACGGUUAUCCACCAGAAUUGAAUAUUGAGCAGCAGCAUUCAUAAGUAACAAACUGGAAUACGUGUGUGUGUACAUGGGCAGCUUUUAGUGUGUUCAUUUCCCUUUUUUCUACGUAACGCUCACAAUUUGAUUAUUUUAUUCCUUUUGUUUACUUGUACCAAAGAGAGGCUCCAUAUGGGAAUACCUAAAAGAAAAGAAGUGAAAAAACGACAUAAUCCUUAUUUAAAUGCAUUUUGUUUGUAUCUUUGUUGUCUUUUAAUAUGUUAAUUUAUUUUGUUUUCCUAUCGUACACAUUUUAUGUAUGGUUCGAGCUGAAAGCCCUGUCUCCCUCCCUUCUUGUAUUAUUCUGAGAUUAUUCUACUGGGAGAAACGAAAAGAGAACAUUUUUACACUUUGUUCACGUUCAUUAUUAUUAUUAUUAUUAUUAUUAUUAUUAUUAUUAUUAUUAUUAUUGCUAUCGCCGUUAUCAUUACCAUUAUCAACAUUACUAUUACGACCGUUAUCUUUUUUUACUAGCAAUAGUUUUCUCAAACUUCUAAACAAAAAACAUCUAUCAGUGGGUACUGUCUAUCUUGUUUAUUGAUUUAACGAAAAUCGGUUUCUUUUAUAUCAAUGCAGAUAUACUCACAUGAAUGGCACAAGUUCUAUAGUCUCUACUUUCAAUUCCUCACUCACAAAUUUGAUUUUCGUCUAUGUAUUUUUUUCAGUCCGAUUUUAUUGUAUUGGUUUAUUCGUACUUUGAUAUUUUCCUUUUUACUUGUUUUCUUGUACUCAUGUCUCUAGUGUUGAAUAUAGUUUCAGUUGACAAGAUGCCUCCUUUUACCGUUGUUUUUUUCUCACUGUAAACGUUUUUAAUUAUUCUACUUGUUUUUUUCUUUUACUGUUUUCCUUUCUUUUCCCAAAUCCUCACUCUCUAAUAAUGUGUUAAUAUAUUUUUGCAAUUUGUUAGUAGUAUAAUUGUUAACUUUGACUAUUAUAAUAUGGUUUUUUUCUGAUUCAGGUAGAAUUCCACCGCCCGUUCAACAAUUAAGGUGUUUCAGUAGUAGAGACAGAAAACAGUGAUAUAUGAUUUUGUAACUGUUGUUUUAUGUUUUUUGUUCACGCCUCUUCCAACUUCCGAUAUAAACGUACACAUUCGUUCAUCUGUUCUAUUAAUUACAUUUAUCUCCGUUUUAUUUUCACUGUUAACAAAAAACGUAUCGACAUUAUUGUGGUCUCCUUUUUUUUCUUUUUGGUAUGCACUUGAAUCAAAACAGUAAAGAAGAAAGCAUCAACAGAUACAACUUUUUAUUUCACGUAAUAUCCCAUAAUGACUUUAAGUAAUAUUGGUGGAUUUUUUAAAACUUAUUUUAAAAUAUGCACAUGUACGCAUUAUCGAAGGAUAUGAAUUCUGUUUGCUUGUUCACUCGCUCAUCUGUAUGCAUAAUUGUACUUUUGGUUUAAUUUACUAAACAUGAGAAUGAUGUUGAUUAAUUAUAUUGAUUCAUCUAAUUCUCUUCUUUCUCUCAAAAUCGAUUUUUCCUGAACGGAAACAAAGAUAACAAGAAAUUAAAUCUGAGCGAUGUAAUAUCUUUCAGGUAUUAUUACUCCGAUGUCAUUUGCCUUUAUUUUUAUUGAUUAUUUACUUCAUCAUACUCCCUUUGUAUCUCAGGUGGUAAAAACGUUUCUGAGAUUCAUAAUGUGUUACUUCUUGUCCUUAAAAGUUGACUGAUUACUAUUAACUUUCUAGGCAUUUACAAAUCUGUUAAUUUCUUUUUAUAGCGUAAUAGAAAAUUUUUCUUUACUAUGGUAAAUAACUUCCUAUUCACUUUGCUCAAUAUUAUUUCAUUUUAAUAUAGAAACGAGAAAUGAAACAAUUUUAAUCCUUUUUGUCUAUUUCUCUUUGCAUCACACAAAUAUGUACACAUUACAUGGUACAUCUACUCUUUAUAUGUUUAUUAACCUAUUGAUUAACUGCUGCAGCUCUCUUUCUUUUUAUCUACAUUUAGUACAUACCACUUAAUCUGUAUUGUUUUUCGUGCCAGUUAUUAGCUAUAUCAUAUAUGAUUAAAUUAACAUUUAGUUAACAGUAUUCUUUGUGGAUUACAUUAUACUUUAGUACAACGUCUCAAUCUAUUUAUAAUUUCUCUAUCUGUGCUUCUGAAUGAUAAAGAAGUUAACAGUGUCUGCAGGUAUGUAGUUGGUUUUUCUGUUUGAUGAGAAAACUGUUUGUCAAUAUCUUUUAGUGUGUACAUGAAUAGAAAACAAAGACAGUUGCUUGUUUUAUCAUAUCUUUAUAAUAUCUGUAUUGAUGAAUAUCAUAAGGAGAUAAAGUCUUAUUGUCUCUUUUUUCAUAUGAAUAAAAAAAUUAUUUGCUCAAAUUUGUUUUGACGUGAAAGUUUUGAACACUUAUCUAUACGGGGAAGAUGGUUUACUAUCGAAUCGUGUUGUCAUUGUGAAGGGAUAAGGUUAAAUCCUGUUUCAAGGUAAUUUAUAGAAGGAAUUAUGUGGCGAAGCAUUUAAUUAUCGCCUACACUUGAAUAGCAGUGAAACUGUACACCCUCAUGUAUUCCGCUCAUGUUUUCGUAAGGAAUGAUAUCUUGUUUUUCUAAUGCAGUUUAAGUGAAACUUGAAUAUGAAAUCUAAUGGUCGAAGGUUCUAACCCUAACCCUUAAAUCGUAGCUUUAUUUGUGUGAAUCCCUUUUCAAAAUAUAUCUAUAAACACAUCUUUAACUUCAAAUGAAUUAGCUCGUAUUUCCCUUCAUAGCACAGCACUCAACUGUAAUUGAGUUUUAUCUCCAUAGAAGAUAUCACUGUAGAUCUACUUCUGGUAAAAUAUAUAGUCUCUUAUAUUAGUCAGAAUUUGAUUUGUAAUGCAUGGAUCCCUAUAAGGUUUCUUCUACGUUAAGUGGUAUACCGAAAUCACGUUCACAAUAGUGUUUGUCUUCUGAUAAGCUUUCAGCUAUAAAUUUCUCAUCUUUACACAUGUGCUUCUGUACUACACAUUACUUCGACCCGCUUAACAUUUUCGAAUAGAUUCUCACCUGUUCGUACUGUUCCCUCUUAACUAAUAUCUAUUAGUCAAUAUAUUUGUUCUUUUUCUCAUCAUAAAUGCUGACAUGGUUGUUCGAUAUAUCCUGAUGCUUAUAUUUUUAAUGGUAGCUAGUAAUACACGUUUGUUCAUAUUUAGGAUACCAUCUAAAUUCUCCUACAUUCUGGUGUCGAUAUUCCCAUAUAUAUACAUUAACUUAAUCCCAGGCCUUUAAACAAGUUAUAAAUGCGUUUUUAGAUUUUUUAUAACAGUCUUCACGAUAUUUCUAUACAACGAUCUCUUGAGUUUUCAGCCGAUUUGUCGGAUGACAAGAAUGCGGUGAGUCUAUGAUUUAUAGAUGAACCAAUCAGAUCUAAAGUAGUGACUUGGAUUUUUGUGCGAAAUUCAUAUAACUAAAUGGAAUUUUGGCAUUAUGGUUAGUAACAGUUCGUGACGAAAACUCAAUCUAAUUCCAAAGCUUAGUUUCCAACUCUAACUCCCCAUCCUAAUUCCUCACAC